CAUACACACACACACACACAAAGCUGGGACCCACUCGGAGGGAGUUUUGUUCCCGCCUCCCUGUAGCAACCGGCAAACACCGGAGGGAUCCAACAACCUGCCCUGCAGCCUUCAACAGGGGGACAAAUGGAGAAAUUCGCCCCCAAAUUCAGCAAAGUUCUGCUGACACCUGAUCCACACUAUGUGCCGGGGUAUACAGGGUAUUGCCCGCAGCUGAAGUUCAACAUGGGGAGAACCUACAGCCAGCACACGGCCGAGCUGCUGACGAGUCCCGACGUGAAGCACUCCGGUCGCCUGGUCCUCCACGGGGGCCACGUCCCCUCCACCGACACCCACGACGCUCUGACACCGAGAGGCGUCCCGGACAGUAACUUGAAGAAGCCGAUACCUGGAUACACAGGUUUCAUCCCGAGGAGUCAGAACUACUUUUCCUGCAGCUUCUCUGAAACAUGUUGUAAAGCGCAGGCAGAGUUUCAACAGGAGAGGCGUGCGAGGGCCCCGAGGCGAUCGACACACCUGCCAGUUGUUGUCAACUGCACCAGCCAACCGUUUGACAGACCAAAACGCACCCAGACGACGAUCUCUAACAAAGAGGUCUCCUUCAAGCCCUUGACGUCCUUCACCACCAUCUCUCCCUAUUCAAUGGAAGAUGAUAACCAGCACAAGUACUUUAUCUCAGGAUUUGCGGGGCACGUGCCAAAAUACCGUUACCUUAUUGGUAAAGGCUUCCCCAUCAUCACAAACCAGGCUCUGAUCGACUUUGGGAAGCAGCAGCAAAGUGACCCCACGCUAAGGAGGACGGCCGGUACAUCCUCUCCCAUGCUGCCCACCAUCUAUCCGUCCAAAGGUGGAGUGGUGCCAUCGUUCACAGGACACAUCCCAGGACACAGGUUCAUGUUCGGACACACCUUUGGUCAGCUUUCCCGGGAAGCGCUGGAAAAGAGACGCAUCGGGAAGCUCCUUCGAGAAAAGCCCUGAAACUGUCACACAUCUGAUAGCGUAUCAGGGAGUCUUCACAUUUACAUGAGAACAACUUGUAAUGGGUGUCAAAAGUAUUUUUGAACACGAUAAACAUUUGAUAACUGUUGGUAUGAAAACAGAAGACAGGUAAAUAUGUUCCUUCUUUAUUAACAGAGUUUGAUUGUCACUGGGCAUUAGAGGAAGCAUUCAGAGACUGAGGAGAAAAUAACACUAGGUGGUAUAAUUUCACAGACUUCACGUUACUGCAGCUUAUUAAAAAAAAAUCUCCAUUCAACAAACACACAGAACACAUGUUCCUACUUCUCAUCUAUCAGUCUAUCAAAAUGUACCUUACACACAUUUAAAUACCUGAACCAGCCACAAGGUGGCUUAUACUUGUGCAACUGAACACAUUUCACUUGACGACGUCCUCAUUAUAACAGAGUAUUGCACACAUUUGAAAUUCCAGUGCCAGAGAAUUUCCAGAAGCUUUUUCUCUACAGCUAUAAAAACAUAGACAGGAGGUUAAGAGAUCUAAUAAAGACUGGGAGCGUCUAUAACACCUCACUGCGUGUUGGUUGACUCGUGCACCUACAGUAAAUCCAUGCUUGGAAUUUGCUCAAACAGAGUUAAUGGAAAUAAAUACAUCACUGACACUACAAGAGGCUA